AUGACUACGUCGGGCAGGUCAAUGCCCAUGUCAACUCCCAAUGCCAACACCAUGGAUACGGAUAUGAACAUGGAGCAAAUGAACAUGGCUUUCUUCACUUCUACCACGAUACAACUCUGGACAAAGCCCUUCGCCCCAACGACCACGGGACAAUAUGCAGGUGUUUGCAUUUUCCUCGUUGCCUUGACCACCAUAUUCCGCAUACUGCUUGCUAUACGGGUCAACGUUUACAGCAUCAGGGAUGGUCUCAGGCAGAGGCGUACCAAAGGCCUGCUGACGGAGCACCCAGCCAUUGAGAUUGGACAGCGCCCAUGGAGAGCGAAUGAAGCUGCAAUGCUGGGAGCAAUAGAUGUCGUGAUUGCAGGCGUCAGCUAUCUAUUAAUGCUUGCUGUUAUGACAAUGAAUGUUGGCUAUUUUCUCGCGGUAUUAGCUGGGGUAUUUCUCGGAAGUGUUAUUUGUAGUCGAUAUUCGGCAAAUUCUAGUCUACAUUGA